ACACAUACAGUGAAGGGAAAGUUAGUGGCGGUUCGAAGCGGGAACCAGAAAAGCGGAUGAAGGUCCAAACUCUGCCAGCUAGCUCGUUAGCUUCACAUGAAGUUAGUGUCACGGAUCCAACAAGAUGAUUUCAAUGGAGUUGUUCGGUUCAGUCACUGCUUGCUGAACUUGCUUUUACCAGAACUUGCACCGGAGUUACGUUUGAUUCGGAACCACACAUCAUAGAUUUAUUCGGACCGUUUAGAACAGUUGAGUCGGUGAAUCAAACUGUUGCUGUUGGAAUGAAUGGGAACCCGGACUGGAGUAGGACGUUAACGUUUACGUCAGCUGGUUCUGCUCCUGGUGAUGUGGGGUUAAAGCUCGGUUCCCGUCACUUCUGGCAAGCAAAAGUUUUUGGCAACCAGAAAUCUACGAGUUCAGUUCCUGUUAAUUCGGAAAAGGAGAACUGUGAGAAAACUCUGCAGAAGGUUGUGAGUCCUGAAGGUUACAUCAAACAUCCUUUACAAAACAGGUGGGCUCUGUGGUUCUUCAAAAAUGACAAAAGCAAAACGUGGCAGGCCAACCUCCGGCUCAUCUCCAAGUUCGACACCGUUGAAGACUUCUGGGCGUUGUAUAAUCACAUCCAGCUGUCCAGUAACCUGAUGUCUGGCUGUGACUACUCUCUGUUUAAAGACGGGAUUGAACCCAUGUGGGAAGACGAGCGGAACCGACGAGGUGGCCGCUGGCUGAUAACUUUGUCCAAACAGCAACGGAAAAGCGAUCUGGACCGGUUCUGGUUAGAGACGCUCUUGUGUCUGGUGGGUGAAGCGUUUGACGACCAUAGCGAUGAUGUUUGUGGCGCCGUCAUUAAUGUAAGAGCCAAAGGGGAUAAAAUCGCAAUCUGGACGACAGACUUUGAAAACAAAGACGCCAUCACCCACAUAGGGCGAGUUUAUAAGGAGAGGCUAGGCGUCCCACCAAAAGUGAUCAUUGGCUACCAGUCGCAUGCUGAUACAGCCACCAAGAGCGGUUCCACCACCAAGAACAAGUUUGUUGCCUGAGGACUCUGGAUUUAUUUACCACAUGUUGUUUUCUGUCGUUUUUUUUUCCAUGAAUGUAACUGAGAAAUGAAUCCACAGGGUGAAUGUUUUGCUUUUGACACCUGACCAAAGCUUUAGUUUGUGGAGAGAGAGUGCAAUUCAAAAAGUACCACUUCUAUGGACACUUUAUUUUGUAGCAGUUUCUGUUGUAUUAUUUGAAUUAAAUGUUAAAGGGGAAUGUAAGAAAUACUUUGGUUAUGAAUUACAACUUUCUAACGAUUGGAAACUUUGCUAAAUUUGAGUUUAAGUUUGGCUCGGGUCCAAUAAAAAUCAUUUAUUUUACAAUAGGAAAAUGUUCAGUUUUGUAAAAUUAAAGUGAUAAAAUGUGACUUUGUCAUCACUGAUGCAUGUUGGGCAACUGAUCUCUUUUUAUUAGAACUCAUCUAUGUUACACAAGUGUUCAUUUUAAGCUCCUCCUUCAGAAGCAAAAUGCAGUUCAAAUGGAGCUUGAAGUCAACUGCAAAAAAUAGGAUUUCUAACCAGAACCACAAAAAGAAACCAGAAGAGGAGUUUUCUUUUCUCUUCAGCUUCAAGUCACUCACAGUUAAGUUUUUAUAAUAUUCUUCAGUUGUAGAGCACAGAGCUGCGGUUCCUUUAUCUUGAAGCCUCACUGUUUGUGUAGAUGGGAAAGGAGAUGCUUUCAAUGAUACUCAGAUUUAAUCUGCAGUGAAAAGUAAAACGUUUGAGGUAAAAUACAUUUUUUGAAGCUAAAAGGUGCCUUUAGUGUUUAAACCCUGUUUGCAUAUUUUUAUUUUACAACAUAUGUAAAAAGGACCAAUGUAAAUAAAUUGUACAGUGAUGUGUUCUCUCAUAAACAAUGGAAAUAAAUAUAUUAAGUGGUGUAAAA